GCACACCAUUUUCGAGACACCAACAGCCCAGAGACAGCGUUGAGUCCGCUCGUCCUACUCCAUGUUACGUCUUGGCCACGACGCCGUCACGGUCCAGCACCCCAGCGCGCUCUCCCGCCAAUCCUCAAAUUUGACGCCGUCAUGUCGACCUUCACGAAGCACCUCUCGCUCGCCGACCUCCAGUCGCACCCCAGCGGCGGGGACGGCGAGACCCCGAUCCUGAAGGCCAGCACGGACGCGCGGGCGAAGGACUAUGCGGGGAUAUGCUGCCCGCUCACGACGGACGCGUGGCGAGCGCGCUGGCGGGCGAUGUGCCUCCUCCCCGCGGACGACGGGCACGACAAGGUCGCGAUCGAGCGGCGCGCGGAGGCGUGGCGCGCGACGCCGGCGUUUGAGAGGGAUGAGGUGACGAUGACUAGACUGGAUGAGGCGGAGGGCGUUGUCGCCUUUGCGUCGGACUGGCUGGAGCUGGAUGCGGGCGAUGACUGGGUGCGGCAUGACUCGGAGACGGCCCUCCUGCAAGAGCUCGCAUAUGCAUCCUACCUCAACAUCACCUCCGCGAUCCUCCCGCCCCCAAAGCACCGCUCGCAGAUCGCGUCCUAUGCGCGCGCGGUGAACAUCUGCCUGAACGCGGUACCCUACAUGGAGCUCUCCGUGAUGAUACCCAUCUACGACCCCGUCAUGCUGCACGUCUCCUCGUCAGCGGGCUCCGCUAGCAGCGCCGCCACUGUGUCCAGUCCGAGUAUCCUGUUCAGCGACGAACCGAGUGUGGCGACCUGGGAGAUGUGGGAUGCGAUCCGGACAGUCUGCGAGUAUAACCCGCGGUUGACACUCACACUCGACUUGACACCACCGAUGCCCUCCGUGAUCAGCGUCCUGAGCCAGUGGUCGGCAGAGCCCGUGCGACAUAUCUUCUUACCCGCGUCGACAUUCAUCGCGAACGCGAAGGGAUACCCGGUCCUCCCGAAAGUCGUUCAGGGUUUCAUCCGCGACAUCAUGAAGCUGAGACCUAAUGUCAUUCUGUCCGGCACGACGGCAGGCCGACAUAAGAACGGCGGAGAGGUCGUCUAUUCGCAAUACGUGCGGCAUAUAGAGAAGACGAGCCCUGCGUACAAGGCGUCGAAAACCGAAGGGACAGUAGAAAACUUCGCGCAGGGAUACCAGGAUUAUUUGCAAGCCCCACUGCAGCCCUUGAUGGAUAACUUGCAGAGCAUGACGUAUCAGACAUUUGAACAGGACCCGGUCAAGUAUAGACAAUAUGAGGAGGCCGUAUACGCAGCAAUCACGGAAUGGCCUAACAAAACUGACAAGUUGAUUCUAUGUGUUGCCGGCGCUGGUCGUGGUCCUCUGGUUGCGCGGUGUCUGAAGGCACUUCAACGAGCGAACCGAGACGGCUCGAUCUACGCGCUGGAGAAAAAUCCGAAUGCCUAUGUCACAUUACAGCAGCGCGUACGCGAUGAUUGGGGCGAGAGCGUAAAGCUGUUCUUCGGUGAUAUGCGGACCUUUGACUUGCCCGAGAAAGUCGACAUACUUGUCAGCGAGCUGUUGGGAUCUUUUGGAGACAACGAACUUAGUCCCGAGUGCUUAGAUGGGGCGAUGCGCUUCCUGAAACCGGAAGGCAUCUCGAUACCUGCAUCGUAUACUGCACACAUAGCGCCACUAUCUUCGUCGAAGCUGUUCAACGAGACCAGGGGUACAAAGGACGUGAAGGCGGCCGAAACGCCUUACGUGGUGAUGUUCCAGGCCAUCAAUAUCCUGAGCGGUAAUGGCGGGGGAUUAAGCGGCAAUUGCGGGCCCAAAGUACAGGAGUGCUGGGAGUUCGAGCACCCGCGGAAGGAUGCCGUGCUAAAUGAACAAGGCCUACCGCCAACGAACAGCCACAACGCGCGAUCCGCUCAGCUCACAUUUCACAUCCCCCAUGCGGGCAUCCUGCAUGGCUUGGCCGGAUACUUCGAAGCUGUACUCUACCGCAACAUCGGCCUGAGCAUACACCCAGACCGGAUGCAGUACAUCUCGAAGAACAUGCUGAGCUGGUUUCCGCUCCUUUUCCCGUUUAAGGAACCGUUAUAUCUUCCGAGCUCAUCAGAACUCCAUGUCUCAAUCUGGCGCCUAACAAAUCAGCGGCAGGUCUGGUACGAGUGGUACGCGGAGGCGUUCUUGCCAGUACCAGGCUCGACGUCCAUACGCGCGACGGCGGACGCGGAGAGCAUACGACCGUCUCGCAGCGACUCCCGCGACGGCGGGCUCGCGGUGGCGCGGAGCGAUUCUCGUGAAGGGUGGCUGUCUGUCCGUUCAACGCCUGUCUUGUCGCCGAGUCCGAUGGCCGACGCGGUAGACAUCCCACCUAUCGAGAUUGACUCGAAUGCAGCUGUGGACGGUGAUGCGGUGAAGAAUAACAUCGGGUUGAUAAAGAUCGGACAGACGAGUCUUCACAACCCCAAGGGUCGGAGCAGUUGGAUUGGGCUUUGAGUGGUUUGUAGCAACAGAAUCAUUGUAUCACAAGCUUUUGUAGUCUCCAUCGAGGUCAAGGAGUCAGAUGCAUAUGCCCGUUGUAUCUGCGUGGCUGUACACUCUGCUUGGCUGGCUUGUGGCUGCCUGGGACCUGCGCCCAGGCGUUGCCAGGGAAGAGACUAUCCGCAGCUACUUAUCAGCGUGCAGCGGCAGGCGCCGGCAGCAUAUGGGUUCCAAGAAUAGCAGCGUGGGAGAGGCUGUCAGGAAUUGGAGCGCCGCUUGUUAGCCACCAGGGGAGACGCGCGCUCCUACAUAAACCCAGACCAGUCCUUUCCGCCCAAUCCAUCUCGACUCUGUCCUUUUCGACGAC